AUGAUUUUCACCUUGGCGUGGAAUCAGUCUCCUAAGGAGACUAAUGUCCAGAAUCUUCUCUCUGUGUCCUCAGGUGAGUCUGGCCUGGGUAAGUCCACACUUAUCAACUCUCUCUUCCUGACCGACCUGUACUCCAAGGACUAUCCCGGGCCUUCCCAACGCAUCAAGAAGACUGUGCAGGUUGAGCAGUCCAAAGUCCUGAUAAAGGAAGGAGGAGUCCAGCUCACACUCACCAUUGUCGACACGCCAGGGUUUGGAGAUGCAGUCGAUAACAGCAACUGCUGGCAGCCGGUCAUCAACUACAUUGACAGUAAGUGUGAAGACUUUCUCAACGCUGAGUCAAGGGUCAACCGCCGGCUGAUGCCAGACAACAGGGUCCACUGCUGCCUCUACUUCAUCGCCCCCUCCGGACAUGGUUUAAAGCCAUUAGACAUCGAGUUCAUGAAGAGACUCCAUGACAAGGUCAACGUCAUCCCUCUAAUUGCCAAGGCGGACACAUUGACACCUGAAGAAUGCCAGCUUUUCAAAAAACAGAUUAUGAAGGAGAUUCAGGAACACAAGAUAAAGAUCUAUGAGUUUCCAGACACAGAGGACGACGAGGACAGUAAGCUCAUCCGCAAGAUCAAGGAGAAGAUGCCGCUGGCGGUAGUCGGCAGCAAUGUGGUGAUUGAGGUGAACGGCAGAAAGGUCAGAGGUCGCCAGUACCCCUGGGGCGUGGCAGAAGUGGAGAACGGAGAGCACUGUGACUUCACCGUGCUACGAAACAUGCUGAUCAGGACCCACAUGCAGGACUUAAAGGACGUCACCAACAACGUCCACUACGAAAACUACCGCAGCAAGAAACUGGCGGCUGUCACCUGCAACGGCGUGGACACCUCCAAAACCAAAGGACAGCUCACCAAGAGUCCCCUGGCCCAGAUGGAAGAGGAGCGGAGGGAGCACGUGAUGAAGAUGAAGAAGAUGGAGACAGAGAUGGAGCAGGUGUUUGAGAUGAAGGUCAAGGAGAAGAAACAGAAACUGAAGGACUCUGAGGCCGAGCUGGAGCGGCGUCACGAGCAGAUGAAGAAGAACCUGGAGGCCCAGUACAAAGAGCUGGAGGAGAAGAGACGCGUGUUUGAGGAGGAGAAGGCCAACUGGGAGGCACAGCAGAGGAUUCUGGAGCAGCAGAAACUGGACGCCUCCAAGACAAUGGAAAAGAACAAGAAGAAAGGAAAAAUCUUUUAAGGGAUAAAAAUGUACUCGCUCAUUUUUAAGCAAACACAAACUCAUUUUUCAUGCCCUCUGAAGUUAUCAUUAUCUAUGGCCCUCAACACACUCACAGGAACACAUGGGUGCACACACACACACACACACACACACACACACAUGCACAGACCUACAUAUACAUUUCACACAAAGGCUUAAAUUAUACUCGGCACAUUCCGGAACAACAUCCUGUGUGUGGUUAUCUAGUUUUACUUGCAGUAUAUGUGGCAUGGUCAUCGCACAACUCACAUAUGAAAAACCAGUGAAAAUGGGGAAUAAUGUCAAGAGUUUACGAUGAUGAGGAAACCUUCGUUCCUCUGAGCUACGGCAUCACAUGUGGCAGGGGUCAUGCAUAGCCAUUUCUUUAUGUAGUAUUUGUAUGUUCUCUAGAUGUUAUGCAGAUAUACAUGGUACAUGCAUAUACCAUACCAUGUCAUAUGCAGUCUUUCUUUCAUUUCCUCCAAAAACGUACAGCCAAGAAAGGAGGAGAUUUAACACAUUGGUGAUAUGUGUAGAGGCACACACCUAGGUGCGUGCACACGUCACUACUCCCGGGCAAACGCUUGCUGAAUACACCGCAUGUGUGGUAGAGGGUAGAAUGUAUGUGAAGGAAGGCGUAUGAAUCAGGUAGGAGGAAGAAGGUUGUCUGGAGUGGAGACUUUAACAGGCGAGGUAAAAGAAGUGAAAGGCAUAAAGACAUCUUAUUUGGUAUAAAGGCAGGUGCCAGUGUGUGUGUGUGUGUGUGUGUGUGUGUGUGUAUUUUUAUUGUUUUGUGUGUGGGUGCACAGCAUUUGUUUGAGGUCAUAGAUAUUUCCUGAUAAUGCAGUCAUGAACCAUGAUUCAAGUUUUUACUCAGCAGCACUCGAAAAGAUCAACGAUGUAAGAGUGCCCAGAAUAUGGUCUGUUUCAGUGCAACAUGUGGGUUUGAUGGUUCAGCUUUUCAUCUUUGGGUUGUGUGUGUGUGUGUGUGUGUGUGUGUGUGUGUGUGUGUGUGUGUGUGUGUGUGUGUGUGUGUGUGUGUGUGAGAGUGA